AUGUGUGGUGUUUCAUUGAGAGUUGCGGAAGAAUUCGACAAUGUUACGGUUAAAUGUGUCAUCACGGAGCCUAAAUAUCUUAAUUUUGAUCGAAACUUUACAUUUUCUGUCGGCUAUGGUGACGAAUCAAGCAUUCCUAAACUUAUUGAUGACGGUGUUAUUGGCUUAGCUUUAUAUUCUGUCAAAGAAAUCACAAUUUCCAUAAACUCAUUAACUGCUGAUGAGAAACAGUUUCUUUGCCUCGAUGAUAAUGAAAUAUCUUGUGUAACUUUUGAACUAAAGUUAUUACAAUUACAAAAGCUAAAAGAAAUAUGGGAAAUGGCGGAAAAUGAAAAAAUCUUUGCUGCAUCGCAAUGCAAAGUCCGUGGAAAUAGUCACUUGAAGAAAGAAAACUUCUCUCGGGCCUUAAGAGCUUACAAAUUGGGCAUUCGAUGCCUGGAGGGGAGUGUUAGCGUUAAACCCGCCAAAGAUGUUUCCAUCAGCAAAAUCGAUCCCGAUGCUCAACAACUCUUCUCCAAUCUCCUUACAAAUGCAGCUCUUUGUCUUCUUAAAAUCGCCUCCCUUCCUAUGAAGCCUACUACUUUAUCCACGGGAAAACCAGUGAGCAUUGAGAAGUUGAUGCGAUCUUGCAUAAAUCUCUCUGAGAAAGCCUUGGAAAUUGAUCAGAACAAUGCCAAAGCUCUCUACCGAAUGGCACAGGCCCAUGCACUGACGGAAAACUACGACGAUGCUAUUUCAAUUGGCUUAAAAGCGAUCUCGGUCCUAAAGUCUAAAGGCUUGAGCCCGGCGGCUGUUGAAUUUUCGCUAUCGUCCUGGAAAGAGGCUCGACGUGGGCUCAAACUCGAGAAAUAUGAGCACGUUCAUUCUGCCUUUCUCACACGCGCCAUUGAGUUGAGAAAACAGGGUCGGCUAUUUGCGGUAUGUUUUUAUUUUUUAUAUACUUUGUUACAAUGGGCAUUCCUAGCAUUCGAGUGA